AUGACAUCCCUACUUUUAGUUGGCAAUGGGCAAAUAGACAUAGAAAAGAAACACAAUAAUAGUUUUCCUUCUACUCAAAAGGUGCUAGAGAAUUUGAAGCAUGGUUGGUCAGCUCCACCCAUCGUGUGGUCUAUCAGAUCAACAAAUGGAGAAUCGGAAGUUGAAUUUAUUGUUCCAUACAAAUGCAUCAUUUCAUUUGAGCGUGAUGGGGAGAUUGCAGCCGUCGCUCUUGCAUACAAAUGCAUGGAGGUAGCAUAUAUGAGAGUAAUAUUCUCUAUGAGCUUGCACAUACAUAGAGACAGUCACAAAUUACAGGCAUCUCUUCAUGGUCAUCCAUUCGGCCAAGAAUCAUCGCCAUUGGCUGCUAUUGAUGUAACCAAUGUCCGUGAGGAUGUCGCACCUCAUGAGUCUGAAGUGAAGGGAGUCAAGCGGCUUGCUAGCAGAGCUACCUGUAGCGGUCUGCAUAUCCUUAAUUAUGCUGAAUAUGUGAGUUCCGCAAUGGACGCUGCUCAGAGAUCACUAUCAGCAUUGAAGGCUGCUCAGUGGAAAUACGGGUUGCAAGGCAUCGCAGCUGUGAAAACAGCACUUGAUUUUCACUUCCAUGACAUGGAUGGAUUCGUACGCCAGGUCCGGCUAGCAUUAGAGCAGAUCGACUUCUAAACCAUCCAUCACAAAGAUACAAAUGGACAGGAAUCUCAGCAUUUUGUGGAAACACUGUACAGCAUCCCACACCUGUGAAUCCAAAUUCUGAAGCUCCAGAUGUAUAAGUAUAUAUGUGUAUGAAAGUGACCACAACAUUGAGUUGUUUUU